AUGCAAGGCCCUUCAGUCCAGGAAAUUGUCAUGAAUGAGAAUGUUGAGAUCAGAUUCGAUAGGCGAGUGAGAACUGCAAUCAGAAUAAAAGCGGAUCGACCGGAUAUCAUGAUACAUGAUAGGAAGCGACGUGAAGUAAUCCUGAUUGAGGUUGGCAUCACUAAUCAAGAGGAACUGACAGCAGUCGAGACCGGGAAAAAACGCAAAUAUGAUGUACUGGCCAGUAAAGUUGGGUCAGAGAUGAAAUGCAGGACCAAAACAAUCCCCUAUGCGAUGACUUGUGAUGGAAUUGGAAGAAACCUUUACAAACGCUAUGCGAAGGAGAUCAUUAUACCUGAUCACGUUGGGGCAUAUAUUCAAUUAGUGCUCAAGAAGACGCUCCAAAACAUUUUAGUUGAUGACCACCAUGGAAUUUGA